AUCAUUCGCUCACUUAAUGCAAAUAAUGCAGCAUUUUACACGUCGCGUCUUUGAUCGGAAAUGAACUGCUUCAUUUUUAUUUAUUUUUUCGCUAAAAUGUUGGGAUCUGCAGAAUAUGGCGCCCUGUCCUUAUAAAAAUAAGACAGGCUGCCAUUUUUGUUUUCCUUUUGUCUGAAAUUUUUAAUAAAACUGUCUGAGAAUGUGGGAGAGGCAGACGCCAGGGAACUGGACUUUCAUAAGCCAUGAAUGUUCGCCUUCUUUUUAUUUCGAUCAAAGACGACGUCUUUUUAAUUAGGAGUGAUUUCAAGGAUGCCGAUAGAAUAAAAGAAAAGUUAAAAUAUGGCAGAACCUCGAUUUAAUAAUCCAUACUUUUGGCCUCCUCCACCCUCUAUUCCUGGUCAGUUGGAUAAUCUCGUACUGAUCAACAAGAUCAAAGAGCAGCUGAUGGCGGAGAAAAUCAGACCUCCACACCUGCCGCCCACUUCUGUCCCUUCCCAGCAGCCCCUGCUGGUGCCGCCCACGCCCACAGAAGGCGGGCAACACAAUAUAUCAGCGCCCAAGCUCCAACAGAUGCCAGGGCUCCAUGCUCACAGCACCUCACAGCCAGACAUUGCCCUACAUGCCCGAUCCGCCUCAAGCACGGUAGCAGGUCGUAUUCUUGGCGACAUGAACUUGAAUCUGGACGAUAAGGCGGCCAUUAAAGCAAGGGGAUUAUGGGAAGACUGGCAUUUGCGCCAAAUCAUAGACCAGCCAUCCAGAGCGAAUCAUCUGUCAGGACUGUCACUGACGUCAUCACGAACUGCCAACCACAACACAUCAGAGUCCACAACACCAACCACCAGCAGUCAGACCCGCCAGAGUGGUGCUCCUUCCCCAAACCUCAUCUCAGGAUUGUCCGGCGGGCACGGGAUGGAGGCUUUCAAAAACAGCGGAGGAUUGGCAGGACUUCUGGGUCCACCUCCGAAAAGCAUAGGACGAGGUCGUAAAAAGAUUAAAGCUGAAAACCCCUCUGGUCCUCUCUUAGUUGUUCCCUACCCAAUUCUGGCCUCUGGAACUGACCAAUCAACUGUUAGCAUCACUGGCAAAGAGGGCAAAACCUACAGGUGUAAAGUGUGUCCAUUGACAUUCUUCUCAAAGUCGGACAUGCAGAUCCAUUCCAAGUCUCACACGGAAGCAAAGCCACAUAAGUGUCCUCACUGUACCAAGUCCUUCGCCAAUGCGUCGUACCUGUCCCAGCACCUGCGCAUUCACCUGGGGGUGAAGCCGUAUCACUGCUCCUACUGCGAGAAAUCCUUCCGCCAGCUUUCCCACUUACAGCAGCACACUAGAAUCCAUACAGGUGAUCGGCCAUAUAAAUGUCUUCAGCCAGGCUGUGAAAAGGCCUUCACGCAACUCUCAAAUUUGCAAUCUCACCAGAGGUCACACAAUAAAGAUAAGCCUUACAAGUGCUCCAACUGUUACCGUGCUUACUCUGACUCCGCCUCCCUCCAAAUCCACUUGUCUGCUCACGCAAUCAAAAACGCCAAGGCCUAUUGCUGCAGCAUGUGUGGUAGAGCCUACACCUCAGAGACCUACCUAAUGAAACACAUGCCUAAACACUCCGUGGUAGAACAUCUGGUGAGUCAACACUCACCACAAAGGACCGAAUCAUCCAACAUCCCCAUCCGUAUUUCCCUCAUCUGAGCACUCUGAUCCUGCGGUCAGUCCUUCCCAAUGUUGGCAUAAGCAAGCAAAAUCACCUGUUCUCAGUGGUUUGACAUUUUCAGUGUUUAUUUGUUAGUUUUACUUUUGAGUACAUUCCAUAAGGUAUUAGACUGUGUGAAUAGAGGCUCAAUAAAGCAGCAGUGUUGAUUUUUAGGAAGGUUCUAUUACACGUUCCUCUUCUUGAACUUAUUGUUGAGAUAAGAGGAAAUAAUCGGGAAUCCAAAGAUGGUUACGCAGCACUUUUAGGCCGCACGGUUUUGGCUUUAAACAUUUGUGGUCUGUUAUGACAAUAAAGGCAUUGCUCUUGGCAGCUAAACUUUUGGGACUUGUAAAAUCAUGAAGCAUAUGUUGUAUGUUCUGAGACUGAAACAAGUCCUGUACCUCCUCUAAUAUUUUUCUGUGCUGUCUGGGAAAAAUCUCCUCCUUUUGGCAACUCAGAGUUGCUUUGGAGACCGAUGGACUUGGGUUUGAUAAAGUCAAUCAUAAUGUUUUCAUUAAUGUUAAAACAUUUAAUGAAAUAAAAAUAAAAUAGAUUUAGCAUUAAAGUUACAUUUUAAAUAGGACUGUUAUAAAAUAUGCAGAGGACAUUGACAAAUCAACACAUUUAGCAAGAUUUUGCGUGACUAAUUACUUAGUGCUUUACAAAUAUUGUGGUCUGGUGCCAAAAAUAUAAUAAGAAAAGGGCAUCAGAUUCUGAUGUUUCCCUGCAAUGAACAUAAUGGAUAAAUACAGAAUUCUGAAUUUACAUUUAGUCCCUUUGAGUAAAACUCGAACCCUCUGCAUAGAGAUGUUUUCAAUGUGAAUAUGCAUUUGACAUGCUAGAUGGGUGAAUCUCACACAAACUGUUAUUAAAUAUGUUACGGGUCAUGUUUUACCACAUAAUCAAAAGAAAAAAUCAGAAAUUAUAUUGUGCAUAAAGAAAAUUAAACCUAUUUUUAGGACCAUUGAGAUUUUUACAUUGUAUUUCAAUUACACUGUGUUGGUAUGUAUACAUCAUUGUAGUAUUUGUUGUACAGAUUUUUGUUUAUGCUGAUUUUAAUUAAUUAAUUAAUUAAUUAAAAAUAAUCAUUGUGUCCAGAUAGGAUGGUUUUCAUUGCUGUAAAAAAAAAAAAUAUAUAUAUAUAUAUAUAUAAAAUGUUAUUUUAUUUUAUUUUAUUAUUAUUUUUUUUAUUUUUAUUUUUAUUUUUUUUUGCAUUACAAUUUAAGGGGAAAUGUACUUAAUUGUCAUAAAAAUUUUUUUUUUUUUUUAAAAAAGUAUAAAUAAAUGGUCCUAAAAAAGAAAGGGAUUAAAGGGUUAGUUCACCCACAAAUGAAACUUCUCUCAACAUUUACUGAACCUCAUGCCAUCCCAUCAUGUGUAUGACUUACUUUCUUCUGCUCAGCACACACAAAAAAAAGUUUUUUACAAGAAUAUCUCAGCUCUGUAGGUCCAUACAAUGCAAGUGAAUGGUGACCAGAACUUUUAAGCACCAAAAGGCACAUAAAGGCAGCAUAAAAGUAAUCCAUAUGACUCCAGUGGUUUAAUCAAUGUUUUUAAAAGUGAUAUGAUAGGUGUGGGUGAGUAACAGAACAAUAUUUAAGGCCUUUUUUAUUAUAAAUCUCCAAUUUCACAUUCUUCUUUUGUUUUCGGUGAUUUGUAAAAAAGGACUGAAAUGUUUAGCUGUUUCUCACCCACUCCUAUCGCAUGGGUGAGAAACAGAUCAACAUUUCAAACCUUUAUUUUUUACUUAAAUUGUCCUCCCUGCCCAGUAGGUGGCGAUAUGCACAAAGAAUACAAAUCACCAAAAACAAAAGAAGAAAGUGAAAGUGAAAGUGGAGAUUUAUAGUAAAAAUAAAAGGACUUAAAUAUUGAUCUGUUUCUCACCCACACCUAUCAUAAAAUAUGGAUUAAACCACUGGAGUCUUAUGGAUUACUUUUAUGCUGCCUUUGUGCUUUUUGGACCUUCAAAUUUCUGGUCACCAUUCACUUGCAUUGUAUGGAUUUACAGAGCUAAAAUAUUCUUAGAAUCUUAAAUUGUGUUCUGCAGAAGAUAAAAAGUCAUACACAUCUAGGAUGGCAUGAGGGUGAGUAAAUAAUGAGAGAAUUUUCAUUUUUGGGUGAACUAACCCUUUUAAAAAAAAUUGCAUUGUGACAUUAUUUUCAGGACACUUAAGAAUAUUUUACCCCCCAGUUCUCAUUACCGUGAAAUUUUUGAACUGUUUUACAGUAUAAAAAAAAAAAAAAAAAAUGGUGUUGCACAAUGAUUUUUUUUUUUUUUAUUAAAAGAAGCGAAAAAGACAGUGCCAAGGAAGUUCUACUAUGAUAAAUACCUUACAAUUUAAAUAAUACACUGUUUUUUCUCAUUGCAGUAAUGAGAAUCGGGGGGUAAAAUGUGCAUAGCAGUAGUGAAAAUAAAGUCACAAUACAAAACAUCUUAAUGUCCUUGAAAAAGGCUUAUUUUCAAUAUUGCAAAGUAUCAUUUCUUAUUUGUUUCUUUUGAUUUCGAAGUAAAAAAGGACCAGGCCAUUUUCUGGACAGGUUUCGUGGAAAUCACCCACGCUGUAAACAAGAUUGGACAAAAUGCUGGAUUACAAUGUAGAGUUGCCUAUGAGAUUUGUGUUGCUGUACUGAUGUCUAGAAUACCUCCUUGGCUUAUUAUACAUGUUUAUACUUAUUAUCUUGUUUAAAUAUUAAUGACUAACAAUGUUAAUUUGACAUAUUUUAAGCCUUAACCAUUUUAUCACUAGUUGUUUACCAUCACAUUUUAUAUAUUUUAUACCAUAUUGGUGUUUACUUGUGUACUCAGUACUUUUAUGUAAUUUUAUUUCCUAGCAUGAACAUGCUGUAAAUAAACUAUACAGUACUUAAGUGUUAACCAGUUUAUAUAAAAUGACUUCAUGUCUAGUUAUUAUAAAAUAUACCUUUUUAAUUGUUAAAUUGUGGUACUCAAAAAGGUUUGCCUUGGCUGCUACAUGCAAAGUCAAGAUGUGGAGAGAAACUUUUAGACUUUGUAGAAGUAAGCAAAUAAAUAAAUAAGAAAUGUCUA